CAGCAAUACGUGCAUAACAUUACUGAAGAAGUUAAAAAUAUAUGCAGUGUCCUGGGGUGUAUUGAAACUAAACAAGUUACAGAUGCAGUAAAUGAACUACAUCUAAUUCUUCAGAGAAAAGCAGAGAAUUUUCAUCAAAAUUCAGAGACUUCAGCAAAAGGCUUUGUAGAAAAAGUGACAACUGAACUCUCCAGGUCCAUCUCCCAACUAAUUGGCAUCUAUUGUAGCAGCUUUUGUGUAGAUUUUCAGCCUGCAAACCCACCUAGAAGCCUUUCCUGUGUCCAUGCUGGGCUCCAUUCUCACCUCAGCUUCACUGUGUAUGCAGUGCACAACAUUCCAGAGGCCUGGGUGCACAGCUAUAAAGCAUUUUCUUUUUCCUGCUGGCUUACAUAUGCUGGAAAGAAACUGUGCAAGUGAGGAACUGUAGAACUAUUCCAGUCAAAAAUUAUUCUUUUCUUGGUCAACUGGAAUGAAAUGAUUACUUUUCCUCUUGAAAUAAAAUCACUUCCAAGGGAAUCCAUGCUCAUGGUAAAAUUGUUUGGGAUUGACUGUGAAACUAGAAAUGCACACAUAUUGGCCUGGACCUGUCUUCCAUUAUUUCCAAAAGAAAGAUCCAUUCUAGGGUCUCUGCUAUUUAGCAUGGCACUAGAAAGUGGGCCCGCCAUAGAGAUGAUAGCUCCAGGUGUGGGGGAUAGAAGCCAACCAUCUCCACUGACCCUUCAGAUUGAUUUUCCAGAUACUGGGUGGGAGUAUGUGAAAUCCAACUCUGAAGAGAAUAGAAUUAGUCUUGAAGAGCCAGCUAAAGAAUGUUUAAAACACAUUGCCAGACUUUCACAGAAGCAGUCUCCCUUGCUGCUCUCUGAGGAAAAGAGAAGAUACCUAUGGUUCUACCGCUUCUACUGCAACAAUGAAAACUGCUCCCUCCCCCUGGUCCUGGGCAGUGCCCCUGGAUGGGAUGAAAACACUGUGUGUGAAAUGCAUGCCAUUUUGAGACGGUGGACAUUCUCUCAUCCGUUAGAAGCACUUGGCCUUUUGACUUCCAGUUUUCCAGAUCAAGAAAUCCGUAAAGUCGCAGUUGAACAAUUAGACAACCUCUUGAGCGAUGAGCUACUGGAAUAUCUCCCACAGCUUGUUCAGGCUGUCAAGUUUGAGUGGAGCCUUGAAAGUCCUUUGGUAAAACUCCUGCUGCACCGCUCCUUGCAAAGCAUCCAGGUGGCCCAUCGUCUGUACUGGCUGCUAAUGGAUGCACAGAAUGAAGCUUAUUUUAAAAGCUGGUAUCAGAAGUUGUUGGCUGCUCUCCAAUUCUGUGUAGGAAAAGCCUUAAAUGAUGAGUUUUCCAAGGAGAGGAAACUUGUCAAAAUUCUGGGACAUAUUGGGGAAAGAGUCAAGUCAGCCAGUGACCCUCAAAGACAGGAGGUACUAAAAAGAGAGAUCAGCAGGCUAGAAGAAUUCUUUCGAGAUAUAAAUACUUGCCAUCUUCCUCUGAACCCCGCCCUGUGCAUAAAAGGAAUUGAUCAUGAUGCAUGUUCAUAUUUCACAUCUAAUGCCUUGCCAUUGAAGAUUACUUUCAUCAAUGCUAAUCCAAUGGGGAAAAACAUCAGCAUUAUUUUUAAGGCUGGAGACGAUCUUCGUCAGGAUAUGCUUGUUCUGCAGAUUAUUCAAGUGAUGGACAACAUUUGGCUGCAGGAAGGUCUAGAUAUGCAGAUGAUCAUUUAUAGAUGCCUGUCCACAGGAAAAGACCAAGGGUUGGUGCAGAUGGUGCCUGAUGCUGUACCCCUCGCUAAGAUUCAUCGCCAUGCUGGGCUGAUAGGACCGCUGAAGGAAAACACAAUCCAAAAGUGGUUCCGUCAGCACAACCAUUUCAAAGCAGACUAUGAAAAGGCCUUGAAGAACUUUUUCUACUCCUGUGCCGGAUGGUGUGUAGUAACGUUCAUCCUGGGAGUCUGUGACCGUCACAAUGAUAACAUCAUGCUGACAAAGUCAGGCCAUAUGUUUCAUAUUGACUUUGGAAAAUUCUUGGGUCAUGCACAAACAUUUGGAGGGAUAAAAAGGGACCGAGCCCCUUUUAUUUUUACUUCAGAAAUGGACUACUUUAUUACAGAGGGUGGAAAAAAUCCACAGCAAUUCCAAGAUUUUGUGGAGCUCUGCUGCAGAGCAUAUAAUAUCGCCAGAAAGCACAGCCGACUGCUCUUAAACCUGUUAGAAAUGAUGCUGCAUGCAGGAUUACCUGAGUUAAAUGGAAUCCAAGACCUGAAAUAUGUAUAUGAUAAUCUUCGUCCACAAGACACAGACCUGGAAGCAACAAGUCACUUUACCAAGAAAAUAAGAGAAAGUCUGGAGUGUUUCCCUGUUAAAUUGAAUAACUUGAUCCACACGCUUGCACAAAUGUCAGCUGUAAGCCCUGCCAAAUCUACUCCACAGAGUUUUCCCCAGGAAUCCUGUAUGCUGAGUACAAAGAGGACAAUCCAAAGAGCAAAAAUUCUAGGGGUCAGCAAGAAACUCAGCAAUCUGUACCUGGUCCAGGUGACAUGCAGUAACAACGAAACAAGCCUGACAGAGAAAUCCUUUGACCAGUUCUCCAAACUUCACAGCCAGCUUCAGAAGCAGUUUGCUGCUUCAUUGACUCUCCCAGAGUUUCCUCAUUGGUGGCACCUACCUUUCACAAAUUCAGAUUACAAAAGAUUCAGAGAUCUAAAUCAUUACAUGGAACAGAUACUAAAUGGAUCGUAUGACAUUGCAAACAGUGAUUAUGUACUUAAUUUUUUCCUCUCUGAGCCUGUACAACAAACAAUUGAAGAAUCUGGACUCAUGGACCUAGGUGAGAAGUUUCCAGACAAGGAUCCUAAGGUGCAGUUGCAGAUUUCUUAUGAGGACACCAAACUGACCAUCUUGGUGAAGCACUUGAAGAACAUUUAUCUCCCAGAUGGCUCUGCACCCAGUGCACAUGUUGAAUUUUUUCUUUUGCCAUAUCCCAGUGAAGUUCGUAGGAGAAAAACAAAGUCUGUUCCAAAAUGCACCGACCCCACUUACAAUGAAAUUGUAGUAUAUGAAGACGUCACAGAGCUCCAAGAGCAUGUAUUAAUGGUUAUUGUGAAGAGCAAGGCUGUAUUUGUAGGAGCAAUUAACAUCCAACUCUGUAGUGUUCCCCUCAAUGAAGAAAAAUGGUAUCCACUAGGAAAUAGUAUCAUUUGACCAUCGCAAUGAACAUAUGUAUUAUUCUUUGAUUACUUGUGACUUUUUUUGCUUCUAAGGCCUCUAGUACACAAACUGGGCAUCUCUUACCAAAGAUGGCAUAAGGUAUUGAGGACAUAAGAAAAGAAACUAUAAUCAGUCUUUCAUAGUUGUUUAUUCUCUACCUGGGUUACCUUGUUUUCUUAGAACCUUCUCUCCUUAAGUGGAGUGCUCACUUUGUACUAUUCCAUAUGUGAUGUAAUAAAAGAACAAUUAUUUUUAACAUAUCCUUUAAGUCAAACAUAUACACAUUUUGUCUUAUUUGCUUGCUUAUAGUCAACAGCAAUACUUUUAAUUUAUUUUCUAAGACAGACAAAUCAAUAAAUCUCAUUGAUUAAUUUAA